AUGCAAACGAAUGAAAAUCCAGGUAUAUUAGAAUCUGAUCUUUAUCAAAUGAUAAGAAAUUUGAUUUCACGAUUGCCAAAAAGCGAUCCAGAGUCGUCAGAAGUCUGGAACGAGCAAACAUUAAGUGAGCUAGAAUUUUCCCAAAUAGAUCAAAUUGUAAAUUCUCUGCUUUUGAAACCAUCCCAAGCUCAAAACUUGCAAUGCCAAUCUGAUCUUUAUUGUCUGGGAUCAAUGCUAAAUUACCAUAACAUGAUUAAAGAAGAUUUUUUGAAGUCACUAGAAGUGUUUUUGCCAGAUCUUGUUGGCUCGAUUAUAAAAUUAAUAGAAAUUAGAGGUGAGUGCUGCAUAGAUGCAGUAAUAAAGAUUCUCACACUCUCUUGUUUCGCUGCAAAAAUAGACAAUAAUUUUUUUAACCAAGAAAUAUUUACAAUAAUCACAUCAUUUUUUCAAACAAACUUCUUCAGAUUUAUUACUGAAGAUAACUCAGAAAAAUAUAUCGACUUGCUGCUAAGGAGGUUUUUACAAUUUUUAAAUUUCACGCUUGCCAAAAAUCUUAAUUUUGACUUUGAUUUAGGCUCUUGGAAAAAAGUUCUAAAGCUUAUUUUUACAAAAGAAACAUGAAGUUGCUUCUUUCCUGCUUUAAAUCGGUAUCUUAAUAUAAUUACAAAGCUCAAUGAAGAAGAUAAAAGUAAGGAAGAAGAUAAACUUAAGGAAGAAUUAAAAAAACUCAAAAAAAGAAAGUCGGAGAAACUUCUUCAGCUUAUCCUCCAAAAGCAAACGCAAUUAGUUAGUCAUUUCUAUUUAGACCUUGAUAAAUAUGCAUUUUUUGGUAAGAGUAAAUCCUGAGUGUCAUUUUGUGUAAAUUUUUAUAGGGAAAAGGCUAAAGAAAUGAUUAAUAAUAAAAAAGCUGUAUCAUAUUAUAUUAAAGAGAUUAUGCAUCAACUCAGUUGGUAUAUGAAAAAUAAAAAACGAAAAAACAUAGAGUUUAUUGUCAGAGAAUCUGAUCUUCACAAGUUGUUUGAUUCACCAAAAUUAUGAAGGCAAAGUCUUGGCGAUUUAGCUACAUAUCAAAUAGAAAGCAACUCAUGUGAAGUGAAUUUCUUAAAAAAGUACUUCUCAAAAGUGUGAGAAAUGGAUAGCUGGUAUGAAGAAAUUUUGAAUGCUGAAAAAAUUAUGCUUGAAAUUUUGCUGCUGACUUACGUUAGCAAGGCUUUUUACGAAGAUUUUGAGAAAUUAGCAAAGAAGUUCGCCUUCAAAUUUUUCGAUAAUGCCUAUAAUCAUGCAGAAGGAUACACAGGUAGAUAUAGGAUAUUUUCAUUGAUUUUCCAAUUUCUACCUAAAGCUUGGAAAAAGAUUUCAAAAUUUAUAGCAGUAAAUGCAAAUAGCAAUCAAGAUGAAAAUCCAGACGAAUUAAUUAAAAAUUUUUUUUUACUUCGUCUCAAGAAAUUGCACGCGGGAUAUUCAGCUACAACAGCCCCGGAAUAUUUUAUAAGAUUUAUUGAACUUCUAAUUAACUACCUACAGAGCAGCAAUUAUUAUGAUUUAUUUAAUGUGGAACUUUUGUUUGAAAAAUAUGCUGGUAACUUUAGUCUAAGUAGUGUUGAUUAUAAUGACCCUUAUUACUGUGCUAAAAUUCUUAUGAGCAUUUUCAGAGAUAGUGAAUUUAGAAAAGCAAAAUUAAUAGAAGAAACUGAAAAAUAUCAAAAAGAACUUGAAGAAAUGAAAAAGCGAGAAAAUGAAGAGACGAAAACAGAAAAUAAUCUUGAAGAUGCCAAUCAGUUCCUUGAAUUGGAAGCUUCAACAAGCCAAAAAAGUCAAGUUUCUGGUAAAAAAGAAAACAAGGUUGAUCUAAAUAAAACACACAUAGCAUUGAUUAUUGAUCUUUUAAAAGAGCUCAAAGAAUCAUAUAUUCUGAAUAUUCUUUUUGAAAAAGAUAAAUUUCAGCCUCAAGUCAAAAAAUGGCUGGUUUCACAAUUAAAAAACUUAUUCAGCAUUAGCUUGAAACGCUCUGAAAAAACUAUAAAUUUUAUGGCUGAAACAAACUCGUUCAUUAUAAAAUUAAUUUCAGACGAUAUAGCUCAGCCAACCAAAGCUCAAAUAAAAUCUUUUAGAAAAUUGAUUCGGUCGAAUGUAGUUGCAGAGGGAUUUAGUAGAAUUAAUCUAAAUUUCGAUAGUACUAACCCUUAUUAUAAUCAAGUUUAUUUCGCUUCAUUACCAGAUGACUUAGCAGGUGUCACAAUUUUUGGAGGAGAAAUCCUUAUUAACUCAAAAUAUAACAAUAUUCAGCCAAUAAGCCUUUGUGCCCAAAAAGUAAUUUUCUUGCAUGAGCUUGCACAUCACAUAAGAAAAAUGGAGCCUGGUUUGUAUGAUAUAUACAAAAAAAACACCAACCCACGGAAUUCAGCUCUGAAAAGGUGUGCCAGGAAAGUCGAAAAAAAGGCCUUUAAAGUCAUCUGAUGAAGGAGGAGCACAGCUUGAAACAGAAAUUUUCUGCUUAUUUUUAGUCGGAAUUAG